AUGGCCACCACUCGUCGGGCCGGCCCGAGCCCCAGCCGAAAAUACCGCAGCGACCGGCCGCCUUACUGGAGCUGGAGGACAUACUCAAUGUCAACACUUCCAGAGUUCCUGAACCGGAACCAGAAUCAAUCGUCAAGCCUCCCUGGAAACCACUCGAUAUUUCACCACAAACGCACCUUCUGUCCACAUUUUGGCCAGCCACCAUCACCUGAAGAAGAGCUGGAGGAGCAGGUGCUGUUGGACUCCAUUGAGUGGCACUUGCUUCCCUCUGGCUAUACACUACCAAGCUUGUCCCAGACAAGUGACCCAGCCCAUAGUCUGUUUAAGAUCAUAUCAAAAAAGGAUCAGCGUUGGUACGUGGGUGACCAGCUGGAAGUGCUGGUCCACCUGCAUGACUUCAAGGGCCAAGCUAAACGCUAUGGUGGAGAUUUCCUGUUGGCUCGGUUAUAUUCACAAGAGCACGGGGCGGCUGUGGUCGGGCAGGUACUCGACCACAAGGACGGACUCUAUACAGUUCGAUUCCCGUUGCUUUGGGAGGGCUCGUCACAGGUCGAGGUCAUUAUGGUGCACUCGAGCGAGGCCAUCAACGUGCUUCAUCGGUUGAGGGAAAAACGGCCAGACCGGGUGUACUUUGCCAGCAUCUUUCGCCAAGGCGGCAAAUCUCAGACAACAGUGUGCGGGAUGUGCCUUCCACAAGGCCAAGGGGCACUCUGCAACUACACAGACCCACAUUCUGGUGAGCCAUGGUACUGCUAUAAGCCCGAAAAUCUCAGCUGCGACACCAGAAUCAACCAUUUUAAGGGAGGCUACCUCAAAAACCUCAUCACCAAAGAGGAAGAUUUGCUCUUUCAGAGUGGCAUAAAUGUGAAAGUUCCCAUCCACUCGUCUUCAAUAGACACCAUUGAUGUGCUGCCUUCAAAGAAAGGUACUACAGAUGUCCAGACCAGCAAUGUGAAGCAGCUGACAUCUGGGUACUACUACCAGGAGUCGUGGCAGCCGCUAUUGGGUGGAAUCAAUAUGCGUCAGUUUGACAAGGUUUCCAUUACCAAGUGCUUGACCAACAAGUUGGUCUACUUGUACGGCGACUCCACCGUUCGCCAGUGGUUCGAAUAUCUUCUACCUUUAAUUUCAGAGAUGAAGGAAUUCAACCUGAUGACUCAACAAAAUGUGGGGCCUCGAAUAGCAGUGGACAGCACCCACGACAUUCUCCUGACGUACCGCUGCCACGGCCCACCCAUCCGCUUCAAUACUGUCCUGGCUAGCGAAUUGCGCUACAUCGCCAAUGAGCUGGAUGGCCUGGGUGGCGGUCCCCACACAAUAGUGGCAAUAAGCAUCUGGUCUCACUUCAGUACCUUCCCUGUGGAUGUGUACAUACGCCGCCUCCGGCAUAUCCGCAAGGCAGUGCUGCGACUCCUGGGCCGUGCACCGGGGACAACAGUGGUGGUCCGUACGGCCAACCCUCAGGCCCUGGAAGGGGAUUACAGCCUGUACAACAGCGAUUGGUUUUCUAUACAACUGGACUUCGUGCUGCGUGCCAUGUUCAAGGAUCUUGACGUUAUCCUGGUGGACGCCUGGCAGAUGUGCGUGGCACACGGCCUUCCUCACGAAUUACACCCUCCACCGGCCACUGUCAAAAGCAUGGUAGACCUGAUGCUUUCCAAAAUUUGUCGUGACUAG